AUGACGGAAAAGCACGAGAGAGAGAAGGAGCCCGAGGAGCCGGGGGGCGUCCACGCCUCCCCCGGGACCCUCCCCAACCUCCAGGAGACCAAGCUCCAGAGGUUCAAGCGCUCGCUGUCCCUCAAGACUCUGCUCCACAGCAAGAGCGUCGAGACCUUCUUCCUCCGCUCCAACAGUGACCUCAAGGUGCCCACCGAGGUCCUGCUGACCCCUCCCACCCCUCUGCCCCCACCCUCACCCCCGCCGGUGCCCUCCACUGACGAGGCCCUGCCCGCUCCUACCCAGUCUCCCAGCUUUUCCCAAAGGCCCCCGGCCCCCCUCAAGCCCAUGCGGACACACGGCUUCCAGGAGUACGUCUUCAAGAGGGCCAGCCCCUGUCAGCUGUGCCACCAGCUUAUCGUGGGAAACUCCAAGCAGGGUCUUCGCUGUAAACUAUGCAAGGUCAGUGUCCACCUCUGGUGCUCGGAAGAGAUCUCCCAUCAGCAGUGCCCUGGCAAGACGUCUUCCUCCUUCCGCCGCAACUUCAGCUCCCCGCUCCUGAUCCACGAGCCCCCGCCCGCCUGCGCCCGGGAGUCCCCACCCACAGGUGCCAGCGGGAAGGUGGAUCCCAUAUAUGAGACGCUGCGCUAUGGCACCUCUCUGGCCCUGAUGAACCGCUCCAGCUUCAGCAGCGCCUCUGAAUCUCCCACCAGGAGCCUGAGCGAAAGAGACGAGCUGGCAGAGGACGGCGAAGGCAGCAUCCGGAGCUCCGAGGAGGGUCCAGCUGACAACGUCUUCCAGCCCACUACAGAGAGUGAAGCUUCGGGCCCGGAAGAGAAGAGCCCAGGGCAGCAGCUCUCCCGUGGCCCCCUGCAGAAGGAGGGAGUGCCCAUGUAUUCUUACGUCGCCCUCUACAAGUUCCUCCCUCAGGAGCACAACGACUUGGCUCUGCAGCCGGGAGACCGGAUCUUGCUGGUGGAUGAUUCCAACGAAGACUGGUGGAAGGGCAAGAUCGGCGACCGGGUCGGCUUCUUCCCGGCGAACUUCGUGCAGCGUGUCCGGCCCGGAGAGAGCGUGUGGCGCUGCUGCCAGCUGUACCCCGGCAACAAGGAACAGGGACACAUGAGCCUCAAGGAGAGCCAGAUCUGCGUGGGCGCAGGUAAGGGCAAAGAUGCCGACGGCUUCAUCCGCGUCACCAGCGGGAAGAAACGCGGGCUGGUGCCCGCCGACGUCCUGGCCGAGAUCUGAGAGUGGGCCGGGGCCGGGGACGACGGACGGGGGAGCCCCCCGUGACCCCCGCCUGGAGCUCCAGCUCUCCCCGUUCGCGGAACCCUGAGCCUGGCACUGUAGCUUCUCUUUCUCAGGGUGGGUACAAGCGGGUCGGGGGUCCCAUAGGUGGGUCGGAUCGCCCUCCCGCCCCGUGCCAACGAGGCCCCGCCGUCCCCCUCCGUGCCCGCUGCUGAGCUGAGUGGAGACCUCACGGCGGCGGGAGCCGAACGCUGGAUCUCACCACGGCUUGCCUGGCUCCGCACCCCUGCACCACUACCAUCACCGAAACCACCCUGGCACGUCUGGCCCUCGCCCCCACCUCCACCACAAGCCAUCUGCGUGUAUCUGUGUGUGUGUUUGUGUGUCUAUCUUCAGCUGGCGGCCUGGGAGAAGGCCCUGGGGAGGGAGGGGAAGAACAUGAUGGCUCCCCUCAGCCACUCAGCACCCCUCCCUCAUGGGUGUGUGUAGCAGGGGGGUCCCCUCUGCCCUGGCUCUCCCUGCCGGCCCCUCCUUCUCAGUCACUAAUUCUCAGGAACCAUAUUUUGCGGGGGGGUGGUCUUCCCAUACUUGAAACCGGAGGCUGCGCGCCCUUUGAGGGCAGGGGGUCCCAGUCAGAACGCCCCCCCCCCCCCCACCCUGCUUCCAGUCAGUAAUCUCCCUUGCAAAGAUCCCAGGGUGGUCAUCCCGUCUACACCAGCCCAGGGCCCCAACGAGAACAAGUCUCUGAUGGUUGGGACGCCUUUCCUUCGUUCCUUUGCUGGAACAAUCACUUCAAGGCCAAAACAAUUCCAUUACGAUGAGGAGGAGAAACAAACAAACAAAAAAACUAGGCCUUUAAUCCCUGCGGGACCUUGGCGUCGACUACUCAACCGCGGCUGGAGUCGGGACCAGAAUCAACCCUCUGCAGUAAGGAGACGUCUUCCUACAGCCGGGGGUCCAGACAGUUGUCUCCUAAACCACCACUGGCAGACACGCAUCAGAAUCUGCCGGGCAUCGUGCUGGGAUGGUCCGGACCCGCCCCUUACAAGGAGCACAGCGUGGUCCGAAAGGCGAUUGUCACGGAGACGGCCACGGAAAUGGUCAUGGCGACGGUCAUGAUGCCAGUCUUGGGGAUGGUCACUGAGUCAAGGCGCCUCCCGGGGAUGAGAAGUUCUCCCUGACAGGCCGGCGAAGGAGUGGGAGAAAGCAUUCAUCAUCCAAGGAGCACGGUUUCAGGCUGGCGGGGGCACGGCCCUGGGCCCACUGGGCACGUCCCCAGAGAUGGCACCUCUGAGGGUCUGUCAGGUAGGAAGGGGACUUUGUCACUCUUCUCUGGUUACAGUCUUCCCCACCCCCUCCACCCUACAACCCUUCUGGUGGAAAGUGGUGAAGGUGGGAGACAGGGCACAGUUAAUGCCACCCCCGUGAGUCUUGAGGGGGACCAUCCAUGAGAUUGGGGGACAGCAAAAUGGUCCCUUCCAGAUCACAUCCAGUGGGCAUGUGCCAUCCCCACCCUAGGCCCUUUGAUGUCAAUGCCCACGCCCUGCCCCUUUGGCCACGUCCUGCAUCACGCCAGCCUAUGCCACCUCUGGUUAUGGCUGCUCCCACAGAGCACAGCUCCAAGCCACUGACCCCGCCCCGACUCCCUCAGUGGAGGGGGAAGUCAGACCUCUCUGCCCUGUUUGCUGCCAUGCGACUGCCCCAGCAAUAGCCCCCGGGGCGGGCGCAAUGCCCACUGUACAUAGAGGCUGCAUGACGGGGCCAGGGCCCACCACCUCCCGGGCACCUUCGGGCCCCUCCCCAACACCUCCAGAUUAAACG